AUGUUCGUCCUGCCAGGCGACAUCAUAGACCCAAGCUUUGUCCCCUCACAUCCCAAGAAAGCGCUGCGCCUGGGACCAGGCCUACAGCAUGCACCGCCAAACGACAUAAUCCCAACGCUUGCCGGUCGACUCGUCACAGACCACCAGAAGAAUGCCAUUCGGAUAGAGACAGCAACGGGACGGUACGUACCCCGGGUCGCUGAGCUUGUCAUUGGCACAGUCCAGCGCUCAGCUGCCGAAUCCUUCUUCGUCACCUUGUCAGACUACACCGCACCCGCCCUCCUCCCUCACCUCUCGUUCGAAUCCGCCACCAAAAAGACCCGUCCCCAGCUCGCCCCAGGCAGCCUGGUCUACGCCCGCGUCACCAUGGCCAACAAGCACAUGGACGCUGAGCUGGAGUGCGUACAUCCCUCCACGGGCAAAAGCGAGGGGUUGGGACCCUUGACGGGCGGCAUGGUCUACGACAUAUCGCUGGGGUUUGCGCGGAGGCUUAUGAUGCCCAAGGGUGGCAUUGUCGUGCUCGACGAGAUGGAGAGCGUCGGCUUGCAGUUCGAGACGGCGACAGGGCGCAACGGGAAGUUCUGGGUGAACAGCGAGAACACCAAGACCGUCAUUGCCGUGGGGAGGGCCAUCACAGAAUCGGAUACCCAGAGUUUAGGCGCGGAAGGACAACGGAAGCUGGUCCGCAAGAUACUCAAGGAAAUGAGCUAA